CCGACAUACAUGCGUCAGCAUACUGGAACGAAGGGCGCGUAAAAUCCAAUGAACCCUGUCCGCCGGUGUCUUAUUAGCCUUUGUUUUCGACGACACCGAGCCAAGAGAAGACGUACUUAGGACAAGUUUCAGAUAUUAAUGGGAUCUCGAUUAACACCCACUGCGAUUGAUUAGUGAUGUGCUUUCGCCAGUUUUAUUCCAGCAUCAGGUUCAAGUGUUGGCAUCAAGAGGAUGAUGAAAAUGUCGAGCUUAUGCAUCAGGUAUCGCUCAACGAUCGUCAUCAUCUGCCAGCUUGCAACCAAUCUUUAACCGGACCUUCAUUUGGGGGUAGCACUACGAACGAUGGGCUCCGGAAUCGAUUCAAAUUGACUUACAAUAUUCAGCUCCCACCCGAGCACACCUACCUGGGAAAGCUCGAACGGGUGGAUUCUUUGGAACGCUUUGAGCCAGGAUCGAUUCAGCGCAUUCCAGUCAGUGGUCAUCACUCGAUCGUGUACCCAGGGGAGAUUAUUCCGCUGAUUCUGACCAACUCAUUGCUCGAGUUCGAUGGCAGUGACAGCAAUCGUAUUGGAUUGGUCUUCUGGGAACAUCCGUACAGGAAGCGGAUUUUCGGAGUUGUUUGUCAAGUGUGCGAGAAGGAUAUUCGAGACUCGGCAAUGGUACUUAAGACCGUAGCUCAGCAGCGAUUCGAAGUGGUUCCCCAGCCGGACGGAGCUUUGACGCGGUCGGUUCAACGUGAAGGACGAGCCCACUACUAUGCGGAAGUGAAAAUCCUCCCGGAAGUGCUGCUGCCCGACCCACUGACCAGCUACUGCACCAACAAUGUGGUAAAGAUCAACAAUCUGGCCAGGAACCGCUUGAUGGCAGCUCAGUCCAGCGUGUGGCCCAAGUUCGUCUACGACCAGUACGGUUCGAAUGAGAUACUCCACAAAGUGAGCCGUUUCCUGGAAUUCCUUCAAAUUGAAUCCGUUCCGACGGCCGAUCCUGUAAUGCUGUCCUUCUGGCUGGCAAAGAACAUUCCACUCAGCGAAACCGAUCGCAAGGAGCUAUUCUACACCAAUUCUGUUCUGACCAGGAUGCUGCUGGUCAACAAUAUCCUCGACUAUACUUGUGCAUUUUGCUGCAGAAAAUGCGAUCGUAAGAUUGCCAACUACGUGGACAUGUUUGCCAUGUCCAAACAGGGCGUCAGCAGCAGCUACUGUAACUCAUCUGGAUUCGUACACGAAACGCUGACUGUUUACCGCGUAAUACCAAAGACAAUCCGUACGACUAGCAAACCGUCUACUGACUUCAGCUGGUUCCCCGGAUACUCGUGGCAGAUUUCCGUUUGCAACGCCUGCAACAACCACAUCGGGUGGAAGUUUGUCACAACCAAACGGGGCUAUAAACCGAAAAAGUUCUACGGUCUUUGCGGAAAGACCAUCCGGGUGUCCUCCGACCAAAAGGUGGUUCCAUCCGCCACCGAGGACAUCGCAAAGAUGAUGCCGCCGAACCGAUACAAGUAAAAGCAGAUGUUGACCUGAUCAAGCAUAGGGAAACUACGAACUGAACGAGAGAACCGAUAGACUGGCUGAAUGGACAAAUGAGAUUUAUUCCUCCCACUUGAGGUCAAGGGCUUAGUGCAUUCUUCACCUUCUUAUUACGAUUGAAAAAUUAUAUCUAUAUUAAAUGUGUGUUGUUUUAGAAAAAUUAACGAUCAAAUAAAUGCUUUUGACAAAUCUC